AUGGCCGAUAGGACAUCGUCGGCUCUGGUUGCCGAUGUCCUGAAGCUCAUCAAAAACAAUAUUCUUUUAUUCUUCGUGCUUUUUAUUCUCUCACGCUGCAUCUAUGGUCGCUACUUCCACCAACUUUCCAAGUACCCCGACCCGUUGGCGUGCUCCUGCACUCGCCUCUGGAAGGCAUGGAGUGAGUACAACGGUCACACAGAACUUGACUAUAUCGACUUGCAUGGGAAAUAUGGAAGCACAGUGCGGGCUGCGCCUAACGAGCUCUCCUUCACAACACCAAAAGCCGCACACGAUGUUCUCACCCCUGGAAAUAGCUCCACGAGGACCGAACUCUACAAAGUCUUUCCCCAAAACAUGCACCAGAUAUCUUCACAGAACCGGGAAUGGGAACAUGCCGCUAUGAAACGUGUAGCUGUGUUCCCUUACAGCCUAGCCAGUAUGCAGAAGAUGGGUCCAUGGAUCAAAGACGUGUCAACCGAAUUUAUUGCCAAAAUCGACGAGUAUGCGGACUCCGGGAGAGUUUGUGAUCUGGUUGACUUGCUCCAUUAUUUUUCCUUUGAUUAUGACAGCAUCGUCGGCCAGGUCCCUGAGCUACGACAUGUGCUAGGAGAAAGCCUUGUGUUUCAAUAUCUCUUGACACUGUUGAGUCUCCACAAGGCAAUCAAAUGGCUUUGGUUGAAAUUGCGAAAAGAAAAAAUGAACCAGACUGAUAGAUUCUUCCUCGAUCCUGACCGGCGAGAUCUGUUGGGCCAAUUGAUAGUGCUGAAGACCCAUGGAAAUUCUAAGAGAUGGACGUCUUCUCAGUCGCUCAUGGUGCGAUAUAAGUAG